GCAGUACGAGCGCACGUUUUUCGAGCUGUCGGGCGUGAAGGCCGCACGGAUGUAAACAAACACACAUGCCGCUUGCAAUUCAAAUGCCGCGCAAAACGCCAGCCCGCUUGUCACGAACGCCCCGAGCGGAAAAAGGUCGGUGAAGAAUGGCCGUGAACGAAUUUAUGCACCCGCGAAACCGGUAUCGACAGCGGCCAAACUUUCAGCAGCUUGUUAAGCAAUACCCCGAGCUGAGCGAAGUGGCGAGUGUGGACUUGGCGGGAAAGGUGAGGCUCGACUAUCGUAACAAGCGCGCGGUACACCUGCUAUCAAAGUGUUUGCUGUUGCGUGAUUUCGGCCUCAGGCUGGAGCUACCACCGGACAAGCUGGUGCCGACGCUUCCCCUCCGGCUGAACUACAUCCACUGGCUGGAAGAUAUCGGCACCGUGGCUCGAUGGGAGCAGGAGCGGAAGCAACCCGUCCGCGGCAUCGACAUAGGCUGCGGGGCGUCCUGCAUCUAUCCGCUGCUGGCGGUGGUACAGUCCAACAAACGCUGGCACAUGGUCGCGAUCGAAAAGGCGCAGGACAGCGUGGAAAGCGCCAAAGCGAACGUCGCCCGGAACGAGCUGCAAAGCUGCAUCGAGGUGAAAUCACAAAAGCUAGAAGGAAGUACCAUUCUGCUAGACGUGCUAGAGGAUUUUCCCAACGAGCGGUUCGACUUCUGCAUGUGCAAUCCACCGUUCUACGACAGCGGUGCGAAAGAGCUGAAACCGCAGGAUCGGACGGGAAAGCGCCGGGAACCGUCGAACGCCAGCACCGGUUCGCUCGAGGAGCUGUGUACGGAGGGAGGAGAGGUUAAGUUUAUAGGUCAAAUUAUAGAGGAAAGUCUGCUGCUGAAGGACCGCAUCGCGGUGUACACGACGAUGAUUGGCCACAAGAAGAGCUACGAGGAGGUAUUGCGCAUUCUUAAGCACGCUUCCAUACACAACGUUACCGCGAGCCGAUUUUGUCAGGGCAAUACGACCCGCUGGGCUGUGGCGUGGAGCUUCGACGACACGGUUCUGCUAUCUCUCGUUCCCAACAGUCACACGGCGAAUGGGAAUGGGAAUGCUCAUUCGCCAGGAAAGAAGAAACCCAUCGGCAAACCGGUGGCAUGCCGAAUCUUUGCGCUGGAAGAAAUGGACUCAAUGCAAGGCGUGCGAAAUUACCUCACCGCGCAACUGCGCUCGAUCGAGAUCGAUGUGCGAACGGUGCUAGAUUCCAGCAGCAAGGGGGAAGAGAUGGUACUCGAGCUUACGGCACGGGAAAACACCUGGUCGCAUCAGAGGAGAAAGCGACGUGCCGCCCAGAUAACGAGCCCAGACAAGACGCACGUAAUUCCAUCGCAAAAUGGAAAUGGUACGGAAGUGUGCCAGGAGAAUAAUAAUUACAAAAAGCGGCCAAGGCUUGAGAUGGAACUGAGUGAUACCUGUUCCCAGCAAGCGGACGAUCGUAAGGAUGAACAACCCUUUGUGAGGGCCGCUGUACACAUCCAGCAAAAGGACGACGGUUAUUAUGUAGCGCUACAGUAUGUGGCAGGAGUAGCCGGCAAGGAUGCUGUUAAUCAGAUUCUCCAGUACCUAAAAAAUACUAUUAAAGCGAAACCGAUUCCGGAUACCACAGAGGACGGUGGUAAAGGAGACACCAAGUGUUGAAGGACCAAGGGACGGAACAUGUUGAGCACCUCAAGUGAAUUUAAUAAUGUAUAAUGAAUUGUUGCACUAAUUCUUAAUGAAAUUGGAAUGGAUUCAAACGAAAACGAAAUAAAAACACAUAGCAUAUUGUUACAUUA